AUAUGGCUAGCACUACUACAGUCUGCUUUGUUAACCGGCAGUCGUAACGUGUGUAUAUGUGUGUGGUAUUUUACAAGGCGUUCACACGAAUUUUAGACGUUCGUUUGUGGAUUGUGAACUUUUAAUUGCAAUAUUUAUCUACACAGUCGUUAGAAUAUUGUUUAUAUUCAGUGCACGUGUGUUAUGAUACCUAUUUUGUAUGGAUACUUAUAAUUGACCAACACGUCACUAUUGUGCUAUUUAGGGGAUGUAAAAAUUCUUCAGGGAGUUGGUUUCAUGGCUAAAUCGAUGGUUUGAUGUUGGGAAUAUUCGUCCGCCGUACCGGGGAUGUGACCAUUUAAAGCUUCUCAGGAAUACUGCGGCGUAUGAAAGUUCUAUAUUCAUAUUGUGUUUAUAUAUUUUGAGUUUUCCAGGAAUUUCGGUGACUUGCACACACACACAACUCAGGAUGUAUCCAAAUAGGCACCCGGCUCCGCAUCAGCCCAGCCAGCCUUUUAAGUUCACUGUGGCAGAGUCGUGCGAUCGAAUCAAAGAAGAAUUCAGUUUUUUGCAAGCACAAUACCAUACUUUAAAAAUGGAGUGUGAAAAAUUAGCCCAAGAGAAAACUGAAAUGCAAAGACACUAUGUCAUGUAUUACGAGAUGUCCUAUGGUCUUAACGUUGAAAUGCACAAACAGACUGAAAUAGCCAAACGAUUGAAUGCAAUAUGUGCUCAAGUCAUUCCGUUCCUCUCUCAAGAGCAUCAGCAGCAGGUUGCCGCAGCAGUGGAGCGUGCAAAACAAGUCACAAUGACAGAACUCAACCAGAUUAUUGGGCAACAGAUGCAGGCAGGUCAGCACCUAGCAGGCCAUGGUCACGGAGCUCCACCAUUCCCAAUGCCACCUCACCCCCCGGGGCUGCAACCCCCACUCCCUGUCUCCAGUGCUGCUAGUCUUUUAGCCUUUCCAGGUAGUAGUCUGGGACCAUCACAUCAUCUCAGCAAAGAAGACAAAGAUGACAAACACAAUAGGUCCUCUGCAUCUCCCAGUGAAAGGGAAAGAGAGCGGGAAAAAUUUGAACACAAAUUCAGUGAAAAGUAUUCCAGUCGUAGUAGGACUCCAGAAGUAACAGAAUCCAAAAAGAGGCGGGUGGACGAGAAAGAGAGAGACAGCGAAGGUGAAAAGUCUGAUCAAGAACUGGUUGUUGACGAUAAUAUUGGAGAGGACAGUGCACCCAUGAAUGGGGAUCUUUCUCCCAGGGAAAAAGUAAAAGAUUCAGCCAGCAAGAAGCCAGUAGAUGACAGAAUUAGUCCCAGGAGUGAUGCAUCGUCACAUGGCAGUUCAACAUCCACGAAACACAGAGAUUCAAUUCCCAAUGAAAAGGCUUCUACCCCAGUUUCAAAGCCAGCAACACCUACAAGUUCAGGAAACACCACCCCAGGGCCAUCAAGCGGUAGUGGUGGGGCCAUCAAGCCAGGUGUGAAGUACCCCCUGGCAGGUACAUACCCUCCUUUUAUGCCCCCUAAUCAUGGUAUGCCUGCUGAUAUUUCAACAAGUUACAGCAAUGGAAUAGGGGCUGCCCUCCACAACAAUAUAUCACCCAAUAACAUAGCGUUUAACCACCGAAAUCUAUUCCAAGGUGACCCCCACGCUAACCAAGCCCAUGCAGCUCAUAUACGACCAGCCCUGGGCAAUUCUACAGGAGGAAAACCUGCCUACUCGUUCCAUGUAAGUGCUGAUGGACAGAUGCAACCUGUGCCAUUUCCACCGGAUGCUUUGAUUGGACCAGGAAUUCCUCGCCAUGCUCGGCAAAUCAACACCCUAAACCAUGGGGAAGUUGUAUGUGCCGUCACCAUAAGUAACCCAACAAGACAUGUCUAUACUGGAGGAAAGGGUUGUGUGAAAGUCUGGGAUAUCAGUCAGCCAGGAAACAAGAGCCCUAUUUCUCAGCUGGACUGUCUGCAAAGGGAUAACUACAUUCGAUCUAUCAAGCUACUUCAGGACGGGCGGACUCUAAUUGUGGGAGGCGAGGCUAGCACUCUGUCUAUAUGGGAUCUCGCAGCUCCCACUCCACGCAUUAAGGCAGAGCUGACUUCAAGUGCUCCAGCAUGCUAUGCUCUGGCGAUCAGCCCCGACUCCAAAGUUUGCUUCAGCUGUUGUAGUGAUGGUAACAUAGCGGUUUGGGAUCUACACAACCAGACGUUGGUGCGACAGUUCCAGGGACACACAGAUGGGGCCAGCUGUAUCGAUAUCUCACCAGACGGCACCAAAUUAUGGACUGGAGGACUAGACAACACAGUCCGCUCUUGGGAUCUCAGAGAGGGAAGGCAGUUAAAGCAACAUGACUUCAGUUCUCAGAUCUUCUCCCUUGGCUACUGUCCAACUGGAGAAUGGCUAGCUGUAGGAAUGGAGAGCAGUAAUGUGGAGGUGCUCCACUGCAGCAAGCCCGACAAGUACCAGCUCCACCUCCAUGAGAGUUGUGUUCUGUCUCUCAAAUUUGCCUACUGUGGCAAGUGGUUCGUCAGCACAGGCAAAGACAACCUCCUGAAUGCAUGGAGGACUCCAUAUGGUGCCAGCAUAUUUCAGUCCAAAGAGUCAUCAUCAGUUCUAAGCUGUGACAUUUCUACAGAUGAUAAAUACAUUGUCACAGGCUCUGGUGACAAGAAAGCCACAUUGUAUGAAGUCAUCUUUUAAUCCGUGAUUGUAAGUUCAAUGUUUUCCCUGAAGAACUUAUCCAUUGUCUACUACAGAUCUAUCAGUAUGGCAGAACAACCAGAAAAUGGCAAAAUCAUGUAGGGAUCUAAGAAAUCCAGAACAAAAUAUGCAGAGCAAUCAUACAAUGCUGUGUAUUUAUCUUUGGAAUGAUUUGGAAAUGACUGCUGCAAAAAUAAGCUGCCAUCUUGGUUUAUGCUUGAGUAGGAUAGAUUACCCUGUCAAAUGAAAUGGAUAUUUGGUGCAUAAUUAUAAUUAUCAAAGAUUUGGAUGAGAGAAGAAGAGAAUAAUGAGUUCCUGCUGGUAGGGAUCGGAGAGCUUGUUUAAUUAAGCCAACCUGAGGUUGUGUGUACUAGACAUUUGCAGACUGUGAAAAAAAAGAUUCAUUGUUUAGACAAAAGCUAUAUAGUUUUCUCCAUGAGAAUUUCUGGCAUUUAUUGUGUGGCGACCGAAGUGUGGUUCGAAAUGAGCAGGAGGAAAAAUGCUUAUGACAAGAAGCCAGGAGAAACGAUUCACUGUUAGUUUUUUUCUUUAGAUGUGUCGGACAGAUGCUUGUAAUUAUCUGAAUUGUACAGAUAAAAUACAAGUCAAACAAACAUUUACCUGAUGCAGAUCUUGGGAAGUAGUGCUAUGUUACAGCGAAAAGAGAUUUUUCGUGGAUACAUUAGCAAGGAGAAAAAAUGGAUGGCGUGUACAAAAUGAUGUGAUUAAGUUUAAAAUUAACAAAAAAAACACAUUUCUUGCCCCCAUUUGUAGUAGUCCCUGUGAUUUUCUAGAUAUAAAAAAAAUGUGCGUGUGACAAAUUUAAAUAUUUUUUAAAAAGUUUAUGUUCAUACGUUUUCCUUUUGAUUAUGAAAUACUCGUGAAUGUGCUGUUGUGAAUAUGAAUUAUGACUUUCGUUAAAAAAUUGUCUGGUAUUAAGAAUAUUGGACUGGACCAGGGCAAUUUUUUUGUCAGUGUCAGCUUUAUACAUUCUAGCGUGUGGCAAGUGUAAGGCUGUUUCCUUGAUAAGGAGAAAUGUCAAAACUGGUUGAUGUAAGCAUUUAACAUUUAAUAAAUCCAUGAUUGUGAAAGUGUCUUGGUGAUUUUGGCAAACAAGCUGAUUGUUGUGUUGUGAAUGUAGAUAGACAUUCAGGAGAAUGCAUGUUACAUGUUAGUGCUUUAGAAUGUUUUUUUUCUUUCUGAGCAGUGAGAAUGAGAGAGACAUAUAAUGUACAUUUCUUGUGUAAAAUAAGAUCAUUUUCAAACACCCAUGUUUUCAUAGUUCAUUAAAUGAAAAAAAAAAAAAUAGAAUUUUUUUCUUCCUUUUUUUUUUUACAAUUAGUGGGAAAAUUCCAUUUUAAAAUCAAUGAACAAUCAGUGGGAAAAAAUUGUGUUAGAGAAAAGUGAUGUUUUUGAUCAGGGUGAAGGCAUUCUACCUCUCAUGACCUUUGUUCUGUAGAACAAUAACUGAUACCCUGUUGUAGACCUAGGUGUUUUAUGUAUCGUCUAGUCACUGCUGUUAGGGAAAUGGCCCUCAAAACAAUAUUAACAGUUUUUCAGAAAGGUUUCAUUUCUCUAUUUUCUAACAGAAAGCUGGACAGGAAAAACCUUUCAAGUAGUCAAGUUCUCCAUUUACAUUGAAUAAAUAUUUUGGCUUUCCAUUUGAUUGUGUACAGUGAAAUCUGUGUUGUAAUUUUCUUUAGUUAACGUAAAAUGUAAACUAUUGUAAAACCUGGUAAAGACCACUGGAAAGUGCAGAAGACUGAGUGGAACACUCGAGUGAAAACAAUGUAUUAUAUAAAAGGGGGAACUUAUUUAAAAUGUAUUUUACGUCUUUUGCUUCUUUAAUAAAUAGUGUGCGUUUUAGAGCUUUUCCCUCAAUUUACACUCUUAUUGUGUGGGAGCUGACUAUUCAAACUCAUUUUUGUAUUGAUUUUACAUCAAGUCAUUCUCAUCGGCUAAGUCAUUCUGGAAAUUGUCUAUCAAAUAAAACUAAUUGACACUUUUCAUUGGAACUGUUCACUUUGGCCUUGUACUCCUAUGUCCCUGCAUUCUGUGGUAGGAUUUGGGUCCGCUGCCAUUCAUUGAUGUAUUAGUAUAGCAUGGCUGUAGACGUGUUACAAUUGUUAUUAUUCUCUAUUUUUGUAAUUAAAAAGAGUUUAAAUGUU